UCUUUAACUCAGGUAGUCGUUUUUUUAUGCCAAUUUUACUUGAAUAAUUAGACUUAUGGCCGCGUAUUGCUCAAAUACUCGUAUGUGCUCAGGUGGAAGGAAGAUAAAAUAUUAUUUAAGUAUGGCAGAUGAAUACAAGGAUUAUUUAUAACUAAGGCCUCACAUGACCUUAUAUCUUUUAUUUGUUUGUUUGUAUCGCAUUUGUGGUAUCGCAGACCCAAAAUUUAUGGACAACUUUUAAUGCAGUUUUUUUCAGUUAAGAACGAAUUUAAUCGAUAAUAGUAGAAGAGUAUUCUGAGUAAGAUAAAUUUACUAAGAAUACUGGACACUCGAAUACAUUAGACAAUAUGUCUAAUUGUUAAAUGCCAACGAGAGGAAAAUAAAUAAUACAAUAUGUUGUGCAAUGCUUAUGUUAUUUCUGAUUCUCAUAAGGUAUUUCUUUAGCAUCAUAACUAAACAUUGAAUAUUGGUUACCAGGUCAUGUCUCACAUAGUAUGUGCGAUCGGUCUGGAAGCGGCUCGCGUGCGCGACGACUGGGAAACUGCACUGUUGUGCGCAGACGCAGCCGAGCGGGAAGGCGAAGACCGUUCUUCUAACUCUAUUAAACAGCCGACUCACCAGCAAGAUAAUUAUUGCUUUGAAAUGCUGUCACUCUUAUUAGCCCUAAGCGGAAGUGCUGUUGGCCGCACGCAUCUAGCGCAACAAACUGAACUAAUUGCGGACUUAUUGGGACUUUUGCACACUGGCAGUGAUCGAGUCCAACGACAGAUAAUAUCUCUGCUUCGACGAAUAAUCACCGAGAUACCUCCUCAGAGAAUGCUCUCGGCUAUAAAUUUACCAAAUGAUGUGGAUUUACGGUAUACUACAACAAGGGUAACGCUGUUGGAUCACUUGGUGUGCUACCUGGCCAAAGCGAUCACGGUGCAAGUGAAAGUUAAAGGAGCGGGAGGAGCUCCCCCCGGCAUAAUUACGAUGGGGGGCAGCGUGAUCCCCACGGCACUUGCCACGUGGUUUAUGCGGGGGAUCACCACUAAGAAACAUGCUCAUUUGGUUGCUAAACUGUUGAGCGAUAUGGCUGAGGGCAAAGUGUCAAGCGCAUGGGGUAUGGAGACGAGGACGGCGCUAGUAAAUUACGUGUCCGCAGUGGCGCAGAUGUCGGAGCCUGACCGUCAGCCAGCGCGCUGCGUCGUCACGCCCGUCAUCUGGCUGGCAUUGGCAGCGCUUUGUGUCUGCGAGCAAUCUCACAUGGAAAUGGUGAACAAUACGGGUGAAGGGCGUGAAGCCCGCGGCCGUGACUCGGCCGAAUGCCGGCCUCACUGCGCCAAUCACGACGAUGGCUCCACGCAGGCGGUCAUCGACUGUCGGUCGUGCGGACCGCUGUGCGCCGAGUGCGACCGUUUCCUGCACCUCAACAGGAACGCCAGGAUGCAUCAUCGACAGAUUUGCAAAGAAGAAGAGGGUGCCAUUCGUAUUGACAUCCACGAGGGUUGCGGCCGGGCGAAGCUAUUUUGGCUAUUAUUGCUGGUGGACAGGCGCACUUUGAAGGCGCUGGCGGAGUUUAGAACUAUCGACAAUGUAUGCGAGGGAAGCGGCUCUGGGGAUCCUCCGACACUACCUAGCGGUCUUCCUGGAUUUGCUGGCGUCUGCAGAUUCUGCGGUGCGCGUGGAAGUACAGGACUACUUGCCAUCGGCAAUGUUUGUUCCGAUCAUCAGUGCCAGGAGCACGGUCGCGAAGCGUGCACUCGCGUGCUGCCGUGCGGGCACACGUGCGGCGGCGUGCGCAGCGAGCGCGCGUGCCUGCCGUGCCUGCACGGGUGCGCCGCGCCCGCCGACGACGCCGCGCCGCUGCGCCAGGAUGCCGACGACAUGUGCAUGAUAUGCUUCACGGACCCGCUGCAGGCCGCGCCAGCUAUACAAUUGACUUGCGGGCAUGUAUUCCAUCUGCACUGCUGCAAAAAGGUCCUCGCAAACAAGUGGAUAGGCCCCAGAAUUACCUUUUCCUUUUCGCAGUGUCCCAUUUGUAAGGAGGAUAUGAAUCACUGGAUAUUGGAGGAACCGUUAGCACCGAUACGCAGACUGCGCGAGGAGGUGAAACGCAAGGCGCUCAUGCGGCUCGAGUACGAGGGACUCGCCGCGCCCGGCACCGCCAAGGGCGGCCCACUGCCGGAGCCGGCCAACUACGCCAUGGAGAGAUACGCCUACUAUGUCUGCCAUAAAUGCGGAAAGGCAUACUUCGGGGGUCUGGCGCGAUGCGAAGCGGAGAACAGUGGGUGGUGGGAGCCGGCAGAGCUGGUGUGCGGCGCGUGCAGCGACGUGGCCGGCGCGCGCACCUGCCCCAAGCACGGCGCCGACUUCCUCGAGUACAAGUGCCGCUACUGCUGCUCGGUGGCAGUGUUCUUCUGUUUUGGUACAUCACACUUCUGCAACGCCUGCCACGACGACUUCCAACGCGUCACGAACAUACCGCGUCAUCUGUUGCCGCAAUGUCCAGCAGGUCCCAAAGGCGAGCAGCUUCCCGGCACGUCAGAGGAGUGUCCGCUGCAUAUACACCACCCGCCCACCGGUGAGGAGUUCGCGCUCGGCUGCGGCGUGUGUCGGCAUGCACACGCCUUCUAAACCAAUUCACAUCUCUUACCAACGAACCGAGGGCACCAGAAAGACAAGAAAAAGUGGAAAAGACAUGUUCAUAAAUUUGUAUAUCAGCAACUGUAUCAACAAGCCAUACACGACCAUAUGGAUAGUUGAAGGGUUUGCGUUGCGUUUAGUGCAAUAUGUACGUGCAUAUCCGUGCCCACUCGCCAGCUGUUUGGUAUGUAAACUAGUUGUUUGAUGAUGUUUAGACGGCAAUAUAGAUUAAUUCCUACUCGAUGAAUUAUACUGCAAGUGCUUGGUACCUUGUAGACGUCCAAAGGCAAUUAUAACAAAAUCCAUCGAAAAAUCAUUGUCAUAUUAUACCAUCAUGUCGACUUGGUUUGACUGUGUUUAUUAUCGAUAUGGUAUCAGCCAAACAAUCCAAAUCGUGCAAGUCUUGCGCAUUUGUAUAAUUUUUCUAUAAUGGCAGCCCUAGCUAGGGCCGACUCGACUGACCUUUAGCAACGCCCUUCAGCUUUGUCUGCUUAAACUGUAACCCAACUGAAAUCGACUGAUUGAGUAUACUAAUAAUUAAUUUAUUUCUAGCUAUUUUACGGUUUAAAAUGUUUAACAAGUAAGUAAUGAGUUUGGACGCUGGCAUCGUUUGAAAGAAAGAGAGCGUUGUUUAAUCAUUACUGUUCAUAGUUUCGACAAUACCUCCAAACUUUAAAAAUGUGCGAAAAAAACGAUGGAAUUGUGUAAGAUAUCAGCAAAUACUUGAUAGUAGUUGGUGUAAGUUAAUGCAAGCAGUACUCUUGAUUCGGCGGUCGCAUUACGUAUAGGAACUUUAUAAAUAUUCUUCCAGUCCAUUAUUAUCAUUCUUAUUUGCUGUACUGCUUUAUCACAACUUUUAAUUCUGAAUUUAUAUAAAACAUCUGUCAAUGUGACCUCUGUAUUUUAGGGUACUGUGAUAUUUUAAUAUAAGAGGGAAAUUGAGAAUUGAUAAAGUUAAGAUAAUUAAUAAUGUAAGAGAUGGAUUAAGCAGUACAUCCCGAAUUGUUAUGUAAAAAAAGUAGGAAUGAAAUUUGCCGUAGCUAACGAUCGAUAUUGUAAGUUCAUAAUCAAUGUGCCUCGAGAGUAAUACGAAGAGUUUGCCUCGUCGCACCACACCAGCCAUUUAAUGCGCAAGAGAUAAGUGCACAUCGAUUGUAAUUGCAAGAUGGUUUGUAAUGGUCAAUUGACACAAUAUCCUCUGAAGCCUCGCCGUGACGUCUCCUUCUAAUAUCUAUCAUUCUAAUUAAGACAUUUCUCAGCGCCGUUUUUCGAAAAGUCAGAACAAUGCGAGUCAUCUUCUAUAAUUUAACAACUGAUUACGCAGGACACAUAGUAUAUUAGUAACAUAUUUUUCUAUACACUAUUCAUAUGAAAUGUUAAAUUUACGUAAAUAUUUCUUCAAGUUACUUUAUUCUUCCCUAUAUUAACAUUGAUAUAAUAUAUUAAUUUACGCAUUGAGUUUCAAGCACUGCAUUCCAUUGCAUAUUUGGAGUUGGCAAUUCAUUUGAACAUGACUUUGGUGUCAUUUUGUUAGCAACUAUUUGAAAAAGUAUAUAAUAUAUAUAUUAGAGACAGUAAUUGAGUGCGUCUGUACACAGGCUAUGACAGCAGUGUUGCUCGCAACGCUUGCCCACAUUGAGAUCGAGCGUUGUCCCCCGCGCUAUAUAGACGAUGAAGCCGUAAAUACUUAUUAUAAUCAUACAUUUAUUAUGCAUAAGCUGUUUAUCUGUUUUAAUGUCAAUGUAUGUGGUGUCACAGUAGAAUUUCGAUGUCUCAGUAAUCGAUGUUUGAUGUCUAAAUAGAUUAUUCAAAUCAUAACGUAGUAUUACAGAGUAUUCAGCUGUUUCUCUAAGCGUUUCCGUAGUAUUACAUGACAAUCAACUUAUAUUUAAUCUUCAGUAAUAAAUGUGAACCGGUGCGUCGACAAUUUUCUUAAUUACAUACCAUUCAAAAUCAACUGCAAUUUCUAAAGUCGUUUUAAAUUCAUAACUCUGAACAUUAUGUUGAAUUGUUCAGUAGGUGGCAAUCUACUGAUUGGCCCAGUUCAGAUUCGAUGUCUUUAUACGUUACAAAUGUCUUCUGCAUAAGUUAUCGGUAAUGGCACUGAGCCUGAGUCAUAUUUUUUGACUACUUGAAUUUCUUGUCUUCCUUAUUGAGAUUAUAACCGAAGAUUGGCGAUGCGCCGUGUUAGUUGCGAAUUACUUUAUAUUAUGACAACAUUUUAGGUGAAGACUAACCGUGUGUGAGCCCAAUACACUUAUUUGUCAUAUUAUCUAUAAUUUGUAUUCAUAUAUGAUAUAGCAUAUAUUUUACAGCUUAACAUUGCUAUGCUUACAGUUAAAUAAAUGUUUAUUUUUUUUUUCAUAUUAAUCAUUUUAAUGGAUUUCAAAAUAUAUUUAAACAGAUGAUGAUGACACUGGUGAUAUAAUUCUGGGGACGCAACGGUCUAUGAUAACCCCCUAUACAAUAGAAACAAUAUAAUAUUAUGUAAUUGAUUACUUUAUGUUCCUCACUGAUUAAGUGCUACUUAGUGUAUAUAAUACUCGUAUAAACGAAUUGUCAAUAUUCUACGAUUAAGUUUUUUAUGUUUAAAUAAUCAUUAUAAUGUGCAAUGUAAUAGUUAUUUUGUUUUGUAAAUGUUUGUAAAUUGGUGGAUUACGUUGAGGUACAUCAUUUAAUAAAAAUAAUAAUAAUAAUAAAACCUAUGGUGGCACACGGCCUAGGGAUGAGAGAAUAUAAAUAGUGCUCGUAGGCAUUUUAAUUAUUUAUCAGUUUCUGUGUUUCUUCCUGUGGCUUCGUAGCCAUUUUCCAUUUAGAGUUAAUAAAUAAUUUAUUACGUG